UGUGUUUUGGACUUUGUAGAAAAACAGAAAAAAGCGGUUUUAUGUCGAGCCCGUCUACAAGGAGACAUUUUUUUUUAUCUAUUCAGGCGCUUGUCGUUAUUUACACUGCAGGGAUGUUGACGAGAGGAUGUUUUUACAAAUCCAUACAGGCGUACCAGACUCUAAGGUCGUCAUGGAGAAUAAUUAUUAGACGAUAUGGUUUAAUAUAAUGGUGUUUAAACAGUUUGUUCCGGUGCAGCGCUAACCUACUUGAGGAGACAAAAGCCACAGGCUGUUUUUAGGGUCAUUAAACGUUUAAAUCCCCCCUGUGUGAUCUGAUCAGAUUACAGCCUAGCCGUGAGAUCCUUGUUAGUCAGUUAUUCAGUCGGAACUAAACAGCUAAACAACAUGACUGAUUUAUACUGCCAGUCUAAUUCUCUUAUAUCCUCACUAGCUGCGUUUGCUUUCCUCGUGUCCUCCACAUGUCUUUUUUACAGACCAGUGAUCAUCACAAGGUCGUCUGGCGCGUCAGUCCGAGCCUGUCGUUGUGUGUAUCGUGUUGUUUUUGAGUGUGUUUCCCCCUCUGUUUUAACCUUAACUUCGUGUCGUUUGUCUAGAAUGGGGAACUACUCGUCGGCGUCGCCUGGGUCGUCGAGCUCGGCUUGCUCUCGGUUCGUCCAGGAUGUUGUUUCCAGUAACUGCGUUGUAAUAUUCUCCAAAACCACGUGCCCAUACUGUAAGAUGGCGAAGAACGUUUUUAAUGAGAUCGGAGCGACAUAUAAAGUUGUUGAGCUGGAUGAGCACAAUGAUGGCAGUCGUCUACAGGAGACCUUAGCCCAAAUGACAGGCGCCAGAACAGUGCCAAGAGUCUUUAUUAACGGGCAGUGCAUCGGAGGAGGCACGGAUACCAAGCAGCUCCACCAGCAAGGGAAACUUCUUCCUCUUAUUGAACAGUGUAGGCCGUGCUGUUCGAGUGCCUCCCCCGAGGCCUCCGGCGGCGCUCAGUAUCAACAUAAUCAGUCAUAAUGCUCUGUGAUAUGUGUUUAUACUCGUCGGCCACCCUUGAAGAGCCCAAACAGAGGUUAAGUAGAUGUGUUUUAACAUGCAUGCUGCAGUCAGGGAAAAUGUACUUUCCUGACUGAUCGACAUGGGUGCUGUUAUUUUUGGGUUAUUAUGCACUGUAUGUUUUCUUGUAAAUAUAUAAUGCCAAACGGUAUCACGCCAAGCAUUUUAGAUUACUUUCUGACCUGAGUUACAAAACUUCAGCAGUCCUUUAUGUACAUAAAUAUUUAAAAUAAAGUAUUAAGUCUUUUGCAAAA